AUGGACUCUCCAACGCGUCCAGUCCUCAGUCCCACCAAGGUCCUACACCCGGUAUCGCCGGAACGAAUGAAUCAACAAACAAUUCCCGCCUCGCCCUCCCUCCCCACCGACCUUCUAUCCUUGCACCACAAAAAUACGAGGGGUGUUUCGGAAGUCCAAGCGAAAGUGGCCUUCUUGAACAAUCUUUCUCGUCAGGCCAGCCCGGCAGCUCAGGCGCAGUCCGCUGCCCAAAAUGCCGCCUUACAGAGGGCCAUCCUUGGUCGUGAAGAGGCCGAGUCUACCCUGGAAUCAGUCCAAGAAGAGUUGUCUGAAGCCCAGUCUCGUGAACGUCGCAUUAGUGAGAGACUUGAAUCUCUAAUGGAAGAAUUGCACGGUUCCAAAGAGCGUCAAGCCCACGAACGCUCAAUUUUUGAAAAGGAGAUUCGGAAGGCUCGCAAGGAAGCGUUUCGAGCGGGAUCGACUCUGGUGAGGCUUCAGGAAGAACUGAAGCAUGCCAAGUCUGAAGCGAAGGCCCUAAAAGAUGAAGUCGCGGCGGAACGCGAGUCAAAGGAUACUGCCAAACAAGAGGCCUUCGAACGUGCAUAUGCUCUCGCUGGCCUUACAGAGGAGCUCGAAGUUCUCAAGGGCAAAUUUCGCUCUAUGGAAGCCUCCAACCAUUCUAAUACCCUUCAAGUUCGGGCCCACGAAAUCCGCAAGGAAGAUUUUGGAAGACUAUCACUCGCAGAGGGCGACCUCGCAUUCCUGACAACCCCGCGUCGGCCGAAACGCGCCGCCGCUGGUUCCGUGAAAUCUCCAGCUCCAGAACUCGAAACCCUCGAUGUCGAAGCCACACCUCCAAAGAGACAACGACUGUCCGAAUGUACAACCACCGCAGGGGAUGAUCAAGUUGCCGCAGAGAACGAUUCGUCUGAAUCCUACAAUGACGCGAUAGAAGAAUUGCGAGAUGAGCUGGAGCUUGAGCGUCGUCGGAGGUCGGAAGCCGAGGAGAUGGUACAUUUUAUGAAUAUCGAGUGUCAGUUCGAGCGAUGCUCCUGCCGGAUCGCCGAAACCCAGGGUCGCCGGUACAUCUACGACGAGGAUUACUACGAAAAGUUCCAGAAGGCGCAGUUGGAGGCAGCAGCAGCAGAAGCCGCAGCAGCAGCCGCAGCGAAGGCAGAGGCAGAGGAAGAGGCACAGGAGGAGGCAGCUCGUCAAUCUCGUUCUCGUGUGGAGGUUGCUCCUCCUGUCCCAGUACACGCCGAACCCUUUCAUAGUGAUGUCCAAUCCAGUUAUACACCCAGCGUCGAGCCCCCUACUCCCACCCACCACCACGCCACUAUCCAACACACCCCAGUCCGCCAACAACCCGAACUCGCAACCCAAACCAUCAAGACUGAACCGACCGACCCACCCGAAAAGAUGCCUAUGCCCGCAGAGCCGUUAGUUACCUUCUCUCCCGAGACGGGAACCUUCACGACUUACCCGUCACCGCUACGAGAUAACGUCAGGGCCCGCCGAACCGACUCGUUCGCCUCUCACGAAAGGCACUCCAAUGUCCAUUCCAGUUCCCACCGUGACUGGCGUAAUUCAGCAAUCUCUGCAGCCUCCUCGAUUCACCAAGUCGAAUCUCACACCCCAACUGCGGAGCCCGUGCCUUCGCGGAUGAUCCACGUUACACCAUCCGAACCUGCUACAGUUGAGCCCGUAUCCGCCCCGGAACCCAUGGAUGUUAGACCCUCCCGGCGCCAGGAACGGGAGGAGUAUCAGCCCCAUCAGUCGAUGACGAAAAGAAUUCCGCUCCGUGAAGCAACCGAAUCACAGGGCUCUUCUGGGCUAGUUCAUGAUACUCCUAUUAACCGGGAGGAAGCGUUGGCCCAAAUAAGGGCGCGACGCAGCCGUGCUCGUAGUAAGCAACGGUCCGUUAGCGCAAAUGAAGCUACUGGACGGUCUGUUGGGUCCACCGGAAGCGUUAAAUCUACUCCUGGCCGGACCGCCAAGCGUGUUCCGAAUCUGCGCGCCGAUUCGAAAGGUGAGAACGAUGUGAGCGAACGCCGGGACCUCAGUGCUCCUGUUCGCAUGUUCCGACGUUGA